GCACACGGAGUCCUCAUCAUCACUCGCUAGCUCGAUCGACUCCUGUCAUUUGUUAGAACCGUUUUCUGCAUGGCUUCCUCGGCAGCUUUCCUCCUCCUCGUCGCUGCUGCUCUGCACGUGUGUUGCUGCCGCGGGCAAGGCGGCGGCGAGGGCGCGGUGGCGGCGAUCUACAGCCUCGGCGACUCCAUCACGGACACGGGCAACCUGGCCAAGGAGGCGCCGCCGGGCGCCUUCGAGACCAUCAAGCACCUCCCCUACGGCGUCACCUUCGGCCGCCCCACCGGCCGAUGCUCCGACGGCCUCCUCAUGAUCGACUUCCUCGCUCAGGACAUGGGCCUCCCGUUCCUCAACCCUUACCUGGCCAAGAACACGAGCUUCGACCACGGCGUCAACUUCGCCGUCGCCGGAGCCACCGCCAUGGACCCCGACGACCAGUCCAACCGGACCUUCUCCCUCAAGCUGCAGCUCCGGUGGUUCAAGGACUUCAUGAAGUCCACCUUCGACACCGACGAAGAAAUUCGCAAAAGGCUCCAAUCUUCUCUGGUUCUGGUCGGGGAGAUCGGAGGAAAUGACUACAACUACGCGUUCUUCGGGAACAAGUCUGUCAGUGAGGUGGAGAAACUAAUCCCAGCCGUGGUUCAUACCAUCAUCGACGCCACCAAGGAAGUGCUGGACAUGGGCGCGAGCAGAGUCAUCGUCCCGGGCAACUUCCCCAUCGGGUGCUUCCCGAGCUACCUCACCGCGAUGGCCUCGCCGGAGCAGUCGGCCUACGACUCCGCGGGCUGCCUCAACGACCUUAACCUCUUCGCCGCCAAGCACAACGCGCAGCUCCAGCGAGCCGUCGCCGGCCUCAGGGAGUCGUACCCCGACGCGGCCAUCGCCUACGCCGACUACUUCAACUCCUUCCUCGGCCUCCUCAAGGGUGCCACGGCGCUCGGCUUCGACGAGAAUAGCACGCACACGGCAUGCUGCGGCGCCGGCGGCAGGUACAACUACGACGAGAGGCGGAUGUGCGGCGUGGAGGGGACGGCGGCGUGCGCGGACCCGUCGGCGUACGUGAGCUGGGACGGCAUCCACAUGACGCAGGCGGCGUACAAGGCCAUGUUCAGGCUCAUCUACCACGGGAGGUACCUGCAGCCGCAGAUACUCAGCUUCCUGGAGGAGAAAAAUGGGCAGACAUGAUAGACUGUUUUGAUUCUCCCCUAGACUAGACGAUGGAAGCCUCGUCGCGACAUUUUGAGCCUUCGAUGAGUUCUUCCAUGGCUCUGCACUAUGUAUCCAGAUUAAACUACUCCGAGCUAAAAUAAAAGUAAAGAUGCAGUUUAGCAUGUCGACCAGGGUA